AUGGGUCGCGGAAAGGGCAGCUCGGUGCUUCCGAUCACGACGAACGUCCGUGCUGACAUCGAGAUGCUGAAGAAAAUGUUCGAACGGACGAAGAGAACGCGAUUCGACGACUUUUUCGCCGAAUUCGAGGCGCUCGAGUUCCACAAGGUCUACGCAAAUCACGCGAAACCGGAGGUGCUCAUCGAGUUCACCGAAAAUUUGUACCAAAUUGCACUUAGCUACACGAAUCUGGAUUACACCCACCUGAAUGCCCAAAAGCGAAGGGAGCCGAUGGAGCGGCCGGUUGGUGAUCGAAUCUUCGGAUGCUAUUUGUUGUUCGCACUGUUCCACGCGCAGCCUCCCAAGUGCAAGGUGCCAAUUCAUGUCACAAAUCAGCGACUAAAGCAAAUGAGAACUCUUGGCGAGGCGUGUCUACAGAAAGGAAACCCGGACGUGCAGUAUUCGAUUGAGGAACUAAAGAAGAUUGAUGCUUUCAAGUUGAUUCCAUACGAUAAGAUCAAAUGGGAUCCGGAAACAGUGACCGAUUUCGAGCACGAAUAUGAACGAUUGGACGACCCGGAUCAUUACGCAGUGAACCCUUUCGAAAAUUUGGCGCAAAUCGUGGAAGGAGAAAGCUACAAAGAGGUGAUCAAGAUGUUAGAAGAUUCGAGUUUGGGCGAACGAUUCAGAAACUAUCUCCUCGCGAUGAAAUUUUUGGCCGAGACGACACUUUUUAGCACAGACGCUACAUCAAAUGCUUUUGACGACACGCUUCUCAUCAAGAAAUGUGUAGCCAAACGGGCAAGCAAGAAGCGACAGCGGCAAAAA